AUGAAUUGGGAGAGUAUGGAUCUUUCUGCCCAAGAAAUUGAUAACACAGACAAUAUUUACCAAAUAGCUAUUGGCGAAAGAGAUAUUACAUGCGGAGCACGGCCCCAAGAAAAUGACAGAAAGUUCUUGAUCAAAGAACGAUCGGAACCUUUCCCUCGAGAUCUGAAUGGAGACCUCGAUGGACUGCGCGGAAACGAACCCGUGACUCAUCAAACCCGGUUGAAGCCCGAUCCAAGUGAAGCCACUUUGUCAAAACUGCCAGAGGAUGACCGUUACGAGUUUCAUGAAGUCACGAGUGAAGAUUUGUUGGACGUUGAAGAUAUAGAGUACUUCGCUGAACGUUCAAUAUCACCGGUGUCGUCCUGUGUUUGUAGACCGUUCUGGGUUCGUCGUCUGGAUGUUGGACGAUCGUGGCUGCAUUUUUGA